AUGGCGGUCGCUUGCGUCUGCUUCGUUGGCAAACAAAAUGAACCCCUCUCGCUUCAGGUCUUCAAUUCUGACGAUGAACUCUCGAUGCAGUUUGCCGCUUACGCAGCUCUUGACAUUGUGGAAGAGAAGGUCCAAGCUCAAGAGUCGUCGUCGCCGCCUUACGGACAAACGGGGGGAGCUGCAGCGUCCUUGCCCCCGCCAUCGGGAGACUGCUACCUCGGCGUGAUCUGCCCCGCUCUCUGCCUCAGCCGAGACUACCUUUUCUACGCAUACGUCUGCACUACAGGAGUGAAAAUUCUUGUUGCCAUCGAACAGCGAAACCAUUAUCUUCAACACGACGUACGGAAUCUCUUUCGAAGGCUUCAUCGCCUGUAUGCAGACACCAUCUGCAAUCCUUUUCUCCUCGAUACCAUCGAGACACCAAAGUUUUUGAGUGAACUCGACGCCAUCGUCGACUUCUACGGAAAAAAAUUUGAGGGUGGAGGUCACUGA